AUGGAGAAGAAGAAAAACCUGUUUACAAUGGACUCCAAAGUCCUCGAUUUUGUUCAAGGGGAUUGUCUGAUACUCAGAAACAGGCUCAUCUGGAGGCUUGUACCCUUCUGGGUUACAACUCAACAAGAAUGCAAGAGAAACACGUCAAAAGAAGAAAUUGAAGACGCAAGUGAGUGUAGAAAAAACCUGUUUAUUAGUCUGCGAAUAAUCAACCAUAUACUCGUAGGCAUCGGCCUGCGCGUUAACCCUAGUCUCCGUACCCUCGACGGGGAGGGCAAAAGCGUCCAUCACAAUAAUCGCAUCGCCGUCGGUCUUCCCCUGCAUAAGCCCCAUGACCUCAAUCGUGCCGCCGGAGCGCGCGUGUACGACCAUCUUGAGGAGCGCGAGCGCCGAUAUCUUCACGCGCUUGAAGUAGUGCGGGUCAUUGGUCCAAGGCUUCUCCUGCUGGAACUUGGCCUGGGCCGCCUCGUCGUAAAGAUGGCGUCCGACGCGGAGGAGGAAGACGCCGAUGACGAGUCGGCGGCGGCGACGGUGGCGUCCACGAUGUUGUUCUCCAGCUCCCAUGUCUGCCGUGCAAUCGUGGCGGAGGAGAAGGGAUCCAUGGCGUGGAGGAUCACUUGUGAAUUUCACAUGGCUUGGGAUGAUGAGAAACCAUUUACAUACAGUAUUGGUCUGGAUUCAGCUAAAUCAAUUAAUGGGGUGCCAUUUAUCUUAGUUGAGUGUGGAUCUGCAAAAGAGAAUGAGACGAACAAGAGAAAACUUUAUUCAGAAUACAACGCAUAUAUGAACCUCAGCUGCUAUUUCGCAAUGUUCAUGAGUACCAAUUCCAUUUAUUCCAAGAAAAAAAUAUAA